CGCCUGCCUCGCUCGCCCCGUCCCUUCCCCCGCUCGGCGGCACCGGCACCGGCCCGGGCCCGCUCCGAACCGCCCGCGCCGGGCCCCGCUCCCUGCGCACCGCGCCCGGCCCCGCUCCGGGCCCCGCCACCCCGCCCCGCAGCGGCUCCCCCUCGCCCCGGCCCUUUCCGGCUCGCCGAGGCCGAGAGCGGGCCCGCCGGGCCCCCGGCGCGCUCGGGCCCGGGCGGAGGCGGAGGGGCCGCGCUCCUCCCUGGCCGCCCCCGCCAUGGCCGACAACGAGAAGCUGGACAACCAGCGCCUCAAGAACUUCAAGAACAAAGGCCGCGACCUGGAGACUAUGAGAAGACAAAGAAAUGAAGUUGUCGUGGAGUUGAGAAAGAACAAACGAGAUGAGCAUCUCCUAAAGAGAAGGAAUGUUCCCCAUGAAGAUAUCUGUGAGGAUUCUGAUGUGGAUGGGGACUUCAGAGUGCAAAACACUUCAUUGGAGGCAAUAGUACAGAAUGCUUCAAGUGACAACCAGGGUAUUCAGUUAAGUGCUGUGCAGGCAGCAAGGAAGCUGCUGUCCAGUGACCGCAAUCCACCCAUUGACGACCUAAUAAAAUCAGGAAUAUUACCUAUCUUAGUGCACUGUCUUGAAAGAGAUGACAAUCCUUCCUUACAGUUUGAGGCUGCGUGGGCUCUGACAAACAUUGCCUCUGGAACCUCGGAGCAAACCCAGGCUGUAGUUCAAUCCAAUGCUGUGCCGCUCUUCCUGAGACUGCUGCAUUCACCUCAUCAAAAUGUUUGUGAGCAAGCAGUGUGGGCUCUAGGAAAUAUCAUAGGUGACGGACCCCAGUGUAGAGAUUAUGUCAUUAGCCUUGGAGUAGUGAAGCCCCUGCUGUCCUUCAUCAGCCCCUCCAUCCCCAUCACCUUCCUCAGGAACGUCACCUGGGUGAUGGUGAACCUGUGCCGCCACAAAGACCCCCCUCCACCGAUGGAGACCAUCCAGGAGAUCCUGCCAGCGCUCUGCGUUUUAAUUCACCACACGGAUGUAAAUAUAUUGGUAGAUACAGUCUGGGCCCUCUCCUAUCUCACGGAUGCUGGCAACGAGCAGAUCCAGAUGGUGAUAGACUCUGGAAUUGUCCCUCACUUGGUUCCUCUGCUCAGCCACCAGGAGGUCAAAGUCCAGACGGCUGCACUGAGAGCCGUGGGGAACAUCGUCACUGGCACCGAUGAGCAGACACAGGUGGUUCUCAACUGUGAAGCUCUCUCACAUUUCCCAGCACUUCUGACACAUCCCAAAGAAAAAAUUAAUAAGGAAGCAGUGUGGUUCCUGUCUAACAUCACUGCAGGAAACCAGCAGCAAGUUCAGGCAGUAAUAGAUGCAAACCUUGUUCCAAUGAUAAUCCAUCUUCUAGAUAAGGGGGAUUUUGGGACUCAGAAAGAAGCUGCUUGGGCAAUAAGCAACUUAACAAUCAGUGGGAGAAAAGACCAGGUGGCUUACUUGAUUCAACAAAAUGUAAUUCCUCCCUUUUGCAAUUUGCUGACAGUAAAAGAUGCACAAGUUGUGCAAGUGGUUCUGGAUGGACUAAGUAAUAUAUUAAAAAUGGCUGAAGAGGAAGCAGAAACCAUAGCCAAUCUUAUAGAAGAGUGUGGAGGCCUGGAGAAAAUUGAACAGCUACAAAACCAUGAAAAUGAAGACAUCUACAAACUGGCUUAUGAGAUCAUUGACCAGUUCUUCUCCUCAGAUGAUAUUGAUGAAGAUCCAAGCCUCGUUCCAGAAGCGAUCCAAGGCGGAACGUUCGGUUUCAAUUCAUCUGCCAACGUGCCAGCAGAAGGGUUCCAGUUUUAGAGUGGUAUUUUGGAAGUUUAGGUACAAUGCAGCACUGAAUAAAAAAAAAAAAAAGGUUUGAUCCAUCAA